GAUCAAUCGGCACAGUGUGAACCAUCAUGACGUCGACCAUCCCGCCACUGAAGCCAUCGCUCGAGUCAAGUCCGUGGGUCCAAGUGCAUCGGAACACGCUCAAGGAGAUUGUCACUGUCGACAUGCUGCCAGUGCGCCCCAAUCCACUCGCUCGCGACUCACAGGACUCCUUCUCGAAGACUGGCCUUCAAGACGUACUAGGCCAUCGACACCUCGAUGGGUUCUGACAUGAAGAAUUGGGUAGGUGCUUAAAUUUGACGUGCAUGGAAACGCAACGAUGCUACGCAUGCGUCGAGCCGACGUAUUGAAGAUGACCCAGCAAGCGGCUGCAGCGCUUGGAGGGUCGCCGCAUGCCGCAAAACAACCAUCAGAUGGAACUCCCGUUGGUCCAUCCAUCACGGGUCGUCUGCCCAAUCCCUCACAUCCGCAUGGACUGUCCGUGUCCGACGCACAGAUGGUCCACAUGCGGGAUUUGCGCAAGUUGGACUACGCCUUCGUCGAGUCAUAUGAGCCGUCCAUCGUGGUGCGGAAGCAGGCCAUCUUGAUCAACGCAGACCCGAUUCGAUCUGUCAUCAUGCGGGACUGCUGCUUGAUGUUUGUCCCCGACACGAACCAUGCGUUGGUGGACCUGCUCAAGCAAAACUUCCACGACACCCACGGCGAAGACGACGACAACCAAAUGGCGUUUGAGUUUCGUGCCCUCGAAGCCAUCCUCUCGACCGUGUGCAGGUUCCUCGCCAAUGAUUUUGAGCGCAUGGCCCCCAUCGUGAACUCGUCCCUGGAGCGCCUCGCCAGUGCCCAAAUGUCAUCAGGGGAGCUCGAGACGCUGCGCACGCUCAAAAACGCCAUGAACGAAUUCGAAUCCCAAGUGAAUGGACUGCGACGAGUGCUCAUGGAAAUCCUCGACAAUGAAGUGGACUUGCACUUGCUCUACCUCACGCAGUUGUUUGCAAACCCAAUCAUGAUGAACGAACUGUGGAGUUUUGACGCGGAAGAAGCCGAGUCGCUGCUCGAAGUGUACCUCCAGGACAUCCACAACACCAAGACCAAGGUCGCGCUGAUGCUGCACCGCAUCCAAAACACGGAGAGCGUCGUGAUGCUCAAGAUGGACGCCGUGCGCAACUACCUCCUCACGGCGGACAUGCUCUUCACGCUCAUCAUGGUCUGCAUGACGUUUGGCAUGUUCGUCACGGCGGCCUUCGGCAUGAAUCUCACGUCCGGCCUCGAACAAACCCAAGGGGCCUUCGUAGCCGUCCUCGCCAUCACCGUCCUUUGCGCCGUCGUGUCGGUCUACGUUGGUAUUGCGUUCUUCCGCAAACGAGGCGUCAUCAUCUAACAUGUACAACUCAACUUUGUUCAAACCUUGUAUGUCGUUUCUGCAAGUAAUUCUACAUAUCUUCA